UGCCAUAACCUCACUAAACCUUCCAGUCCAAACGGCAUGAGGAUUUUGCACUGCCCGGAAAAUUAAACUUAAAAUGAUUACCAGUGAUUCAGGAGCUAUUUUUCGUACUCUCAAUGGUAUUUUGAAUGUGUACAAACCAUCUGGUGUAUCCGUGAAGCGGGUGAUGAAUGCCAUUGUCACAAAUAUUUGCAAAGAUCUCAAUCGACUGGAUGUCCGGAAACCACGAUCACGAUUGCUUUUUGAGCAAACCAACAAUAAUACUUACAAUGUUCAAGUGAUUCCUGAUCCUGCAGAUCACAUUAAAGUCGUGGGAGAGAGGCAUCAAAUUGCAGAUUUUAGAUGUCAACCUGCAGUAGCACUUGGUCAUCACACAAGCGGUGUCCUCCUGCUGGGACUGAAUUCUGGCACACGGGAUGCCUUCAAGAUACGCAUGAAUAGACCAGUGAGGGUGUAUCGGGUGACUGGGAGAUUGGGAAAAGCCACAGAGACGCAUUUUGCGAACUCCAGAAUCAUUGCUAGAUCAUCUUACGAUCACGUUUCGAGAGGAAGAAUAUCCGGGCUCUUGUCUUCAAUUCAGGCAUCUCAUCAGAGGAAAAUGUUUGAACUGUGUGGAGUAGAUAUACAGUCUGAAACAGCUUAUAAUUUGGCAACAAUGGGAACAAUACGGCCAGCUACUAGCGAUCUUCCUGUAAUCUAUGGAAUUACUCUGGUGGAGCUAGCAAGACCCAAUUUUACUGUAGAAAUUCAUGCACUCAAUGAAAAAGAAGACUACCUGGCUACACUGAUUCACGAAAUAGGACUGGAUCUGCGUACGGUGGCUCAUUGUACAGCCGUUAGGUGUAUUCGAUGUGGAUAUUUUUCAUCUGAGGGUAGUCUUCUCAGGGGAAACUGGACACUCCCGUAUGUUGUAGAUAAUAUCCAAGCAAAUACGAAGAUAAUUCAGGAUCAUCCUAGUAUCAUUCACCAAAAGAGCUCAGCUCUGGUCAAUACAGAAUCAUCAAAUCAAACAGAAGAAUCAAUCAAAGAAGGCUCUUGAAAUUGUAACUCUGUUCGGAAUAAAAAUUCAGUCUACUA